AUGAUUCCAGAGCCCUCCAGCCACGUCGCCCGCGGCCAAGCAGCAGAGACCGUACACCCCGGGGCCUUCCUCGCUGUGCGAGCAGGCAAGAACCGACACGCUUCUCCCAGCUCCGGCCGCCACGAUACUUUCAAGUGCCAGCGCUCGUGCCACCACCACCUGGCCCAGCAGCAGCAGCAGCAGCAGCAGCAGCAGCUGGCGCGGCGCAGCUCGGGCCAGGCGUGCGGGUCUGCGGGCGCGCCGCCCAGGCAGCACUACUACCCCGAGGGCGGCUGGGGCUGGAUCGUGUGCGCCGCCGGCUUCCUGGCGCACCUGCUCUCCUGCGGCCUGCAGCUCGCCUUCGGCCUGCUGCUGCUCUACACCGUGAGGCACCUCGGCGACAACGCCGUCAUCGACUCUGCGUGGCUGGGCGCUCUGAGCACGUCCUCGUGGCUGCUGGCAGCGCCCCUGGCGGUGUCUCUGUGCAGGCGCAAGUGGACGCGGCUGACCGCCAUGUUGGCCGGGCUCGUCAUGGCGCUGGCCUGCCUCUUCGCGUCCUUUGCCACGCAGCUGCACCAGCUGCUGCUCAGCUACGGCGUUCUGCUGGGCAUGUCUAGCGGCCUGGUGCGAGAGACGGCGUCGCUGACACUGGGCCACUACUUCAGGCGGCGCCGCGAGUUCGUCGAGAUGGUGGUGCAGGCUGGCGCCGGAGUCGGCAUCGCGCUCUUCUCCGUGCUCUACCGGGAGGCCGUCGGGCAGUGGGGCUGGCGCCUCGGCCUGCAGGCCGUCACGGUGCUGCUGUGCGGCGCCUUCUUCCUGGGCAUGCUGUACCGCUCGGCGUCCAUGUACCACCCGCAGCGGCGCGCCAUCCUGCUGCUCAAGAGCCAGCGCAAGAAGGCGCGCCACAAGAAGCCGCCCUCGCCGCAGCAGCGCCGCCUCCAGCAGCAGCCGCGGCCGCCCUUCUUCGACGUCACGCCGCUGCGCAUCCGCGCCGUGCAGGUGCUCAUGCUCUCAUCCGCCGUCAGCGCGCUCGGAGUCUACACGCCCGUCUUCUACCUGGCACUACAAGGGUACCAAGAAGGCCUCGACGACAGCGCACUGGUGCUUCUGCAGACGUUCCUGGGCUUCGCCACGGCUCUGGGCUGCGUGGGCUUCGGCCUGAUGGUGGUGCGCGCCAGCGACCAGUGCCUCGUCUCCAGGCAGUACCUCUGCCAGGCCGCCAUGGCGGGCAUCGGCCUGUCGCUGCUGGCGCUGAGCACGGUGCAGGGCUACCACGGCUACGUGCUGGUGGUGUGGCUGUAUGGUGUGUGCCUCGGCGGCUUCUUCUACUCGCUCAAGGUGUUCACCAUGCAGAGCGUGCGCUCGCGCUACUUCGCGCGGGCCUGGGGCUUCGUGCAGGGCGCCGAGGCGCUGCCCCUGCUGCUCGGUGUGCCAAUAACAGGUUACAUCAACCAGAGCCACCCCAAGGCGGGCUACUACUUCUCACUGCUGGCGACGCUUCUGGGGGCGGUGCUUCUCUUCCUGGUGGGCGGCGGCUCUGGAGGCGGCAACGGCGGCGCGGGUGCCUGCAGCGACUGGGAGGACGGCCCGCCCCCGCUGCCCCUGCCGCCUCCCGUCUCCACCCCCGCCACAGUCUGCGGUCGACCUCGUCUGCACAAGAGCAUCUCCUUCGCGACGCCGCUCGACCUGCCCAUGACCGACGAGUACUGGCGGCCCGUGAGGCCGUGCCGGAGCGUCCCCGAGGGGUUGGGGCGCCACCAGCCAAUCACGGUCGUCGAGCAGAUCACCACCUCCGUGUGACGUUUCGCCCGCUGCUGAUACCAGUGUCUUUAUCAGGGGCGCAUAUCCCAAACAGCUGGUCCCCAACUUGCUGGGUCGUCACCAGCCCAUCACACGUGUCGAGCAGAUCAUCACGUGGCUGAUAAAAGUGUCCCUCUUUUGGCCAUAGAGUUACGGUACAUGUACCAAAGCAGUUGGUCGUCAACAUCCAAUGGCCACCGACCCAUUGCAGUACAUCACCACGUCCGUGUGAUGUACCACACGUGACUGACGCCCGACUGCUGUAUCUCUAAGGGAGUUACACUUGUCUACAUGGGACGCCAACCGUUAGUCUUCAGAUUCUGUGUAUCUAUACGACCACCAUAGUUGUCUAGAAGAUCACCAUCGUAUGCACCACGCUCCUAAUGACUUCUCGUUAACGGCACCACAGGUCUGAGCAGUUGGCCAUACAUAACUGUAAAGAAGCGAUUACGCUGUGCUCUUGCUACGAUGGUACAGUGCGUCUGCGGGGCGUGGAAAGGAAAAAAAAACCUGUGUUUCUUCCUGUGUUCCCACGCACAGUGACAUCAGUUUUCUUAUAAUAGAUGGAACAAUAUAAUAUUUUAAUUUUCUGAAAAAGUUUCUUCUACUCCUGGAUUAGGCACGUGUUUUGUAUGAGUAUGAGGCGAAUCUGUUCCAGACAAGACAGACUUUUCACAUUAGCAUUUUGAUAUCCUUCUUGUUCGAAAUCUGUCCCAAAAUCGAAUGUCCUUCGCUUCUUAGCCAGGCACCUGCAACAUCGUGCUGCACAGUGAAAUGCAGUUCCUAGAAAAUGCCCGCCUCGAAAACGUGUAAAGCCUUCGUGCACCAAUAAAAGCCUCAGAAUGUCCUCAUGUUCUGUACCGGUAAGUUCAACGUUAAAUCGGUUUUUAUACAGUUAUCUCUUUAUCUCGGGGUCGCGUCACUACCUCGUUGAGUGAAAGUCACAGGUUCGAGAACGGCUACCAGAAGUGGCGUGGUCUUGAAAGGUGUCGUUACUAUGUUCUCUUUAUUUGCUAAAUCAGAAUCUAUGACAAACAAAACAGCUUGCAAUAAUUAAGGCUAAUGCGUAAAAUAUGCUUUCUGAGAAUGUCCGAUGUUUCCAACAGCUGCUAAUCUCGCUGAAAAGGAGACUUGCUGAUGAAUUUUUAGUAGCUUUAUAGCAGAAACACGAGCGCAGUUGUCGGAAUAAUACGUUACUCUGUUUGUUACGGCGCGAAAAAACAAUUUCAUUUUGAAAUUUUUGGCUUUACUCUCAAUCCUACAUGCUGAUAUCAUUUUAGUAUUUUAUUUCCGUACGCAUGAUUCGGCGGCGGCAGUCAGUUUCAACAAAAGGAAGUUAGGGAUACGACUGCACCAUGUCGUAGAAUAUGUUUAAGUCUUUUCCACUAUUGUGGGUGAAUCCCACAGAGGAAACAAAGUUUAUCUCUUAAUACGUUUUCCACUGAUCGUACAUCAUUACAACGAGGCCCUCUCAUUGCAGUGGUCGAAUUUCAGUCGUGAAUGUUUCAUCAGAAUUGUAUUUUAUUGAUUCAUGUUAUCAUCAAUGAUGUUCCGAAGGGCAAUAUGGUAUCUAGAAAUGCAGUCUGAGAAACAAAUACGCUUGCAUCUACAUGUAUGUAUUAGGAAGGUGAAAGGUAAGAAGUCAAUAUCUUCUGAAGCACUUUAGCUCACUUUUAUUGAAACCUUUCACUUAGCAGCGAAUAACGUAUUACUUCAGCUUUCAUUCUUACCCUGCAUAAAUGUGUGAUUGUCCCUAUUACAAAAUUCGCUUACUAAUGUCAAAAGAGCCAUAAUAUUUCCGAACUGCAGAUUUCCCGGAAGCAUCACGGGUCAGACUAUGUUGCUACGAACCAGUAUCACUCGCAUAUCUUCCUUGUCAGCACACCUUGCCUAUCAGAGUUGCUUUGCCUGUGUCUGAACCUCCUUGUAUAUUCAGUCUUCACCACCGCCGAAUAGGCAACGCAAUGUUCGCUAUGCUUUUGUUCCUAAAACAAGGGAUGGGCGUUGCAUUAUGGUGCCAGGUCUAGUACAGCACCCUACAGGCACAUUUCGUGCCCAGAGCACAGACAGCAUUAAUGACACACUGUGUGUCAUCUUCCUCACGGCCCUGUUAAGUGCAGGGUAGACGGAAGUGUACAUGGGUAUUCUGUCCCAGGAGAGAAUGCGAAAAUUGUAAUUACUUAUUUGAAUCAAUGUAUUACAAGUAAUAAGACUCUUUAGUCGGUGAUUUAUUUUCUGCAAACGCAUGAUACUUCAGUGUAUGCGUCCUGAUCAAACAAUUUUGAAACUCCCCAGCAAGUGUGCAAAUGCACAUCAAAGGUUCAGUGUAAAAAACCGGGUCGUUAUACUUACAUUUUCUCCACACAGCUGUCAUACUUAUCAGUAUCAGAAUAACAUUUGGAAGGAUGAAUAAGAUAUUCCCUGAAAACUACUUAACCUAAAAGUAAUACAAGAGUGAAAGGUUGGAAAAUGAGCUACAGGCUACAUCCUAAAAACAUAGUAUCACACAAUGUUGUUAAGAACGUCUUAGAUUAGCGCGUCUCGUCAAACUCGUUAUGCAUUAUACACAAUCAGACAAUGCAGGUGUCGUACAAAGGCAACUGACAAUUGAAGCUGUGAGGAGGUUUGCGAGUCGUUGCUGGCAAGUUCUGGUUAGUCUCACAGUUUUAAUCAUCGAGAAAAUUUCAGUGAAAUGAUAUGAGCUACAAGAAAGCAACAUCAGAGGCUGAGUAAACUGUGGGAAGAUAUAAUUAAAAUCUGCUGCGUCAUUAUCUUGUCAUUUUGUUACAUCUGUUGUUGGCCUGUGACUUUGGAAACGUAUUCCUCUGUGGGCCAAGUAUUCUUUACAAUCAGCUUGUCUCCAUUUAUAAAACCAAUUUCUGUUUUUGAACGUUUCUAUUAAACGUAGAAUAACACAGCAGCUCUUCUCAUUUGAAAGCAGGUAAACAACAAAUUUGCCCGUUUUUAUUACGUGUGCUUGAGAAAAUUGUAGGACAUCUUCAAAUAAAUCCACGUAUUAUCCCUAUUCAUUGGCAUCAAUAAAAUGAGUUGAAAACUUGAAUGAUAUCCUUCACUUGUAUAAUAUUGCAGCCACAGAUAACUCUCGUAAAGAACUGCAUUUUUAAACAUUUUUGGUGACCGUUAAAGUAUACAUCUGAGUAGCAAACAGUAAUAAACUUAUAUAUUGUAAGACGUUAAUUACCAUACUUGUGUUCCAUAAUAGAGUCUGAAUUCCACACUCUUACGUACUGUCACAGCUGAGUCAAGUAACAAACACCUUUCUUCGGAUUCAUUCUAAACUCAAAUUUACGUGCCUUCACUGAGGGUAGCAAAUAAAUGGAAUCGACACUAGAGAGACAUUGAUACUUCAGAAGACCACACAAAUGGCGCAGAUUACUAGCAGGAAAGAUACGUGCAAAAUAAUUCUGUUGGCUGAUGAAUCUGCUCAACCGAGGUGGAGACUGAGGUGCGGCAUAUUCUCGACAGCAAAUAAUUUUUUUGGCGCUUAUGUGAAUAGCAGUGUAAUUACACAUUAUCCAUUAUCUUUGUUUCGUAAGUAAGUUAUUCUAUGUAGCUUCAAAUCCUACUUCAUAUACAUCAUCUGAUGUUAGUUUACUUUUUGUUCAAUCCAUUAGUGCUGCGAGCUUCUGUGAUCUUCUUCAGUUACGAUUCGCUUACAGUACUCUAUAUCACCAAGAAUUAUCUGGAAUUCUAUCGACUCUUCCCACCUAAAGCUUCUAGACAUUCUCACGAAUAUAGUAUUAAAACGUAAUCACAAACAUAAAUAUGUACCUAUUAUAAAAGUGUUGUACUAACUGUGGGGUACGAACUCAUAUCUAGAGACACUAAUAAGUGAUUAAGAAAUAAAUCGCACAAUCAAAAGGGAUUGAUCUUAUAUUAAAAUAACGUUAUGCGUGAUUCUAUAAAUAUAAUAAUCAUGUUUUAUCUCCUUUGCAAGAAAAAUGAACUCACCUGUAUUUUAUAUUUUGAAAAGGAUGAAAAACAAUGGAUAAAAGAACAUUUGGUGAUUUAGUGACAUAACUGUUAAGGAAUUUGAAGUUAACUUAAAAAGGAACUUAAGACAUAAUUUUUAAAUAUUUGACAUGAUAAUAUUUAAUUAAAGUUGUUAAAAUAAUGAUUAUAUAACAUUUAAAUAUUGUAUAAAUUUUAUAUGGAGUUUAUACAGAAACGUCAGAAUUCAUUCAGAUUGGAUCCUGAUAAUAUAAUUUUAAAGUUUCUAGUAACCAAUCGACUUACAGUCUUGGAUGAGACAUAAAAUUGGGAGCGAAUACGACUUAAAGCUGCCUGCACGUGGGCAUUUAUUAUUCUGUAGCUAAUCUGUCGCUUAUCCAGUUUGUAACAAUGCCCCAACAUUUAGUGUAAAUGACAUCCUUCUCUCCAGAAACUAACCAUAAAGCUGUACCCAACAAUUUUUUAAGAGAUCUCGACGUUGUUUCUUUAAACUGCUCUCAUGGCCUAACAAUAGUAAUUGACGUACAGUUCGAAAGAAAUAAGGUCGAAUGUCGAAGCGUUCCUAUUGUCAAUGAAAUGUCAAUAUAAUAAGUGCUCAAAACAUUUCUUUUCUCAUAAUCGUUUUCCUUCCUUACAUUUAAGUCAAUGUUUGUUUGUAAUGAUAAUGUUUAAAUUUCUAUCCGUCGUAUUGUUUAUUCGUGUGCGAUGUCUGUAGAUCUUAGUUACAGCACUGUGUGUAUGUGUCUCAUAGUAGAUAUUCUCACUAACUGUAUCUGUUAACGAAAGUUCACACAUUUGUCAUUUACGUUUCUUCGACGAGCAAAUGUAUGAAAUGUUGUAAACUACCUUGAAAUACAUAUCCCUACUAUUAUGUUUGGUAUUGUUUUUUUAACCAGUUUAUUAUAUAUAUCAUGACGCAACUGUUCCGCAUUCAGGAACUUAUAGCUGAAGUCCUUUAAAGCGUGCAGAUACGCAUUAUGUGGUAGACAUUGCCUUCAGUUAAAUGUUACUUUAUCCUUGUGUGUGUAGUUGCUGUGCCUGAUAUUUUCCUCUAGUUGUU